UCCAUCCUUAAGUAGCAGCCUCUGGAUCAGUUAUUGGAAACAAAGCAAUCUCGCGUCACUUCUCUUCCAAACUUCAAAGUGUACUCCAAGCAUGAAGCUUGACACAACUGGUCUCGAAUCCUUUGCUUCGUUUCAUGGAGAAAUGGAUGAUCUCCAUGGAGAAUUUUGGGCGCCCCCAUCAUUUGAUCUUCCAGUUUGUGCUGAUUUUGAUGGGUUUCAGAAGAACGCGAUUCAGAUGGUGAAGCCGGCAAAGGGAACGACGACGCUGGCUUUCGUCUUCAAGGAAGGCAUCAUUGUGGCCGCUGAGUCCCGGACUAGCAUGGGAGGAUAUGUUGCUUCUCAGAACGUCAAGAAAAUUGUUGAGAUCAAUCCUUACAUGAUUGCGACGGUGGCUGGAGGGGCUGCAGAUUGCAUCUUCUGGCAUAGAAAUUUGGGCAUGAAGUGCCGGUUAUAUGAACUGGAAAACAAGCGAAGGAUCUCAGUUGCAGGUGCUUCAAAGCUACUGACGAAUAUGCUCUACUCGUAUCGCGGAAUGGGCCUUUCGAUAGGGACGAUGGUUGCUGGAUGCGAUGAAAUGGGGCCAUCUCUUUAUUAUGUCGACAGUGAAGGAGGAAGGCUCAAAGGCUCGAGGUUUUCAGUAGGAUCUGGAUCUCCAUAUGCUUAUGCUGUCUUGGAUAAUGGAUAUCGCUACGACAUGCCUACUGGGGAAGCUGCAGAACUGGCUCGUCGAGCCAUUUAUCAUGCAACAUUCAGAGAUGGAGCUAGUGGUGGAGUAGCUGUUGUUUAUCAUGUUGGACCUGAUGGUUGGAAGAAGAUCUCUGGUGAUGAUGUUCGCGAGCUGCAUGAUAAAUACUACCCUGCUGUCCAAGUUCCACCUGAGCAGGAAAUGAUGCAAGUUCCACCGGUCUAAUCAAUUAGUUCUUUAGUCCUGAUGAAUGUCAACUGAGAUUUCAGCUUACAUAUGAAUCUAUCAAUACGUAAAUUUGAUGUUACCAAGCUGAAAAGUUGUUGAACAAGUUUAAAAUUAAGAUUUGUCAUCCAAACUAUGGUGGUUGUGAUUUAUAUUCAUUUUUUUGAUAAUAAUAAUAAACGCCUCAACCCUCCAUCCCCUCUUUCUUUACGACAACAAUCUCUCCGGCGUCCUCCCGCCGGCCGUCUGUAACAUUCCCCGCCUCCAGAACCUCGGCCUCUGCAUGAACUCCCUCCCCGGUCCGCUCCCUCCGGAGUUCCGCAACUGCCGGUAGCUCCAGCGGCUGCUGCUCGCCUAGAACAGCUUCUCCGGUGAGAGCCCCACCGGGAUCUGGCCUAAGAUGGUCUCCCUC